UUUGAGUGUUGAAAUCAUUGUGGUGUAGUGGUCACCAUAUCUAGUGGGAUUUGAGAUAUCUUGAUUUGCUCAAAAGGAGUGAUUGGGUUAUCCCGAUUUCACAACAUUAGGGACCUUAUAGGAUACUACGCAUAGUACAGCAGUUGUGCACUAAAUCUGAUCUCCACCAUCUCGUUUCAAAAAUGAUGGUAGAGAUGGAUGUAAUUUCAUAUAUGUGAUUCACAAUAAACGAAUGAUAUAAUAAGUGUAUUAUUGGACAAUAAAGACGAGUCUCAAAAUUUUGAGUUUGACAGUGUUUUGGCUUUUUAAGGAACUAUUCUAACAUGAAUUGGAAAAAUUCAGUGGCCCAUUUGAUUUCAGAAAAGCAUGGUCUGGUGGGCUAUGAAAAACCGUAGUCCAGUGGGGUUUUCACUGCCAUGUGAAAUGGCAACCGGUGAUGGGGGGAAGUGUGAUCCAUUCUAAAUCACACUUAAUCAGGUCAUCAAUGUCUGAUCAAAUGGGCGGUGAUGGCGAGAGAGUAGGACCCACCGUUGGGGUCAUGUCCUGUUCGUGCAUGCGUGCAUGGUUUGCAGCUGCCGCAGAUACUCGUUAUGCAGGAUUUCGAUGGACCGUAGAAAAUGGUAGAUGGCAUAUAAAAGCUGUAUUUGGAGGUGAGAUCAGUUCUUGGGCAGCUUGGUGUUGGCUGGAUGGCACAUCACAUAUGCAUCGUAAACACAUUGCACCAAAUCAUCCUGAUUUAUGGAACUUGCCACGCUUCAUGUUUUUUGGGUGGAAAACGCUAACUUACGUGAUUUAGUCAAUAUGGUUUCUUUUUCAUUUGUUACAUUAAAUAUGGGAUACAAUGUAUAAGGUUUCAUCUUUCUUCCUUUUCUUUCAGAAAUUGAUAGAAUUCACUUAAAAAAAGUCUGGACUACCUUAAGUUACCAAAGAUAAUAGAAAGUUCUAGUUGGAAGCACCCCAUAAGUGACCACCCUCUCACAUUUGCAGAAGCAAAUGAGCAUUCGUUUAUGCAAAAUGUCAGUUCUUUUUCUUAUUAUCUAAUAAUUUCAGUCUCUUCCUUUUGGGUACAAUGUUGAUCUAACUGCUACAUAAUUCGGUUAGAAACUCAAAGUUAAAAUUUGAACAUAGAUGGUUGUGCUUGCUUGAGAGAUGGUAUUCUUGCUUAUGCAUAUAAAUGUCAUAAUUUGUGAAGCAUGCAUAUUUUUUGUACAAGGAAAAAAGAAAAAUCCAUUUCUUUGUUUAUGAUGAAGAGGGAUCAUUAUUCUUUUGUGCUUCUUUUCUUACUUGUCCUAAUGCUUGCAGAAGCUCGGACGAAUCUAUAUAAAAGUGAAAUUGAUAGCGAAAUAGUGGAGAAGGUUUGCUUAGCUUUAUGAUUUUCUUUUCAACAUGGUCAGUGGCUAUAGAUUAUAUUUUUCAUUUUACAUGAAGAGCCUCCAAUGGCUAGAACUGCAUAAUUGAUCUGCAAGCACACAAAAAGCAGAUGCUCUUCCCACCCAAACUCUCUCUCUCUCUUGCAUGCUCUACACAUCAAGCACAUGAAUAAGCGAUGCUGCAACUGCUUGUUAUUGCAGCAGUUCAUGGAGACCUUGUCUGGACCUAUUUUCAAGUGGUAGCUCUUAUCUUCCACCAAACUCUAUCCGUACAAGGGUGUCGAUGGAAGGCAAUUUUACAAGCACUUCUUUGAGGUUAAACACGAUGUGCAAGCCAUCAUAAAGAAAUAUCUCUUCACAUCGAGGCAUCCAACCCUUUCCCCUUUGCCGACAUGAUCACUAAGUUGUUAAUAUGGAGAGCUUGUUGAAGAAUCAUGGAAAUAUGACUCAAGCAUAAGUCUUCAGAGGGACUAGCAACUACAAUGCAGGCCUCCAAUAAUCAGCCAAAUGAUCCAUGGUAUUUUAAUAAAAUAUGUGAGAGAAAGGAAUGCGAAGGGGGCAUGCCUUGUUAUUAGUAUUGUUGAGCCCCAUGGUGAGGUCUCUGACUCCAUUCACACCAAAGGGUAGGGGCCCAAAUCCCCACUGACAUAGCACUUGAGAAUGGCCUGUGACCUAGGUGGUAGUAUUGCUAAGCUCCAUGAGGUUUCUGACUCUAUUCUCAUCAAAGAGUAGGGGUUCAAAUCCCCACUGACUUACCACUAUUUUUAGAAUGGCAUGGGGCCUUGGUGGUAGUAUUGUUGGCUCCAUUCUCACCAAAGGAUAGGGGCCCAAAUCCGAAAUGACUUUAUCACUUUGAGUGCAUCUUGAAAUGCAUUUUGCAAUCAUCAAUAUUUAAGAUUUUCAUAAAAGAACUAGGUUUCUGCAAGGUUUAUCCAUGGAUGCAAGAUCUUCUGAUCUUCGCAUGGUGAAUAUGGGCACCUCGAUUAUGAGCAAGCACUUCCCAUGGAUGGGAAGCCUCUAGAUCCAAAGCACAACGUGCGUCUUCUUCAUUGGGAUCUGGCAGCACUAGUCAAGAUGCUGGUUUUGGCAGUGGCAAUGAGAGCCUGAGUUUUUUUAUUAUCACUGAGUGCCAUUCUGCUGGUACAGGUGGAUCCCAGCCUCUUAGACAUGCUAUAGAUGCUCUCGCUUGGUCUAGAUCUAGUGCCGAUAAGGAUCUUGAAGGCAAACACAUAGUCGGUGACCUUGUGGACAAAGAUCCACAGGUUGUGUUGUGGCUGAGUCUGGUUAUCACAUAGGUGAUACCCCUCGGCCUAGAUCAGAUGGCGACAAUGGUGACUAAUCACGGUUUUGUGGUGUUAACCAAACACCAAAGUUUAUGAAUGAUGAUGCUGCCCAUGUUAGAAACAUAUUUGCUGAUGUUGAGUUGUGAUGCACCUUUAAUGAUGCUAGAAGGUCUUAUUAACAACAACAAUUCUGGUGUCCCUUGUGAGCGUGAUCUUCAUUUGGCUCGAGAAUUGGGUGAUCAUGGCAAUAGUUUGAUGGAUCGUUGUGAUCUUUCUUUGGGUGAUGUAUUGACACAUCAGCUUUCUUAUGAUAUCGUGGAUGUUUUUUUGCAUGAUAGCUACUCUAAUUUGAUACAUGUUGACAGUAGUGGCAGAGGAAUAGAUGUCAAUGAUGAUUCUCUAGAGGAAUUUGGGUCAUUCCAUUUCAAGGAAGUUGUUGCACCGAAAGAGCCAAACCAUGACAGACUUGUGCCUGAAAGUUUUGGGAAUGACCAUGGUCAUCGAGAGAGAAAAACCACGGUGGAAACUGUUUUACCAAGAGAGGAAAACCACAACAUAGUUAUGGUCGAAAAUUGUGAGAAGAUUCAUGGUCAUUCAAUGGGUGCUCAUCUUCAUUUACAUGAGCUUUCUAAAGGUUCUUCUAUGAAUAUGGCCUCUCAACGAGUCAUGUUCAUGGGUGAAUCUUCGAAGAGCACUAUUGGGGAGGAUGUGAGGGAGGGUCAUGCUCUUAUUGAUAUUCCUCUACCAUCUAAUGCAUCCUCGAAAGACAAAGGUAAGGGGUUUGAUUCUCAGUCCUUCAAUUUUAUUUCACCUAAUGUUCAGGGCCAUAUUAAUGGAGAUAAGGAGGUGUUUUCUACUUUGAUGUCUGGAUCUAAAAAUAAGGAGGGGUCACUAGUGACCCCAAACUGUUGGGACUUGAGUAAACCCAUGGAUCUUCUUUUCGGAGAAAAAGGGAUCCAAAAUGGUGUUUGGUACUUCAAAAACAUGGACAUUACACCAACUGAAACAAUCAACGAUAAAUGUCAAGUGAAAAUUAAACAUGAGUUAGUUAAAUCUUGCUUUGAAAAAGUGGGAAAACUGUCUCUUGGGCUAUUUCCUAGGACGCAAACCAAAAUGGAUGUAUAUGAAAGGGAUGUUACAAAAGAUGUGGAGGCUGAAAAAUGACCUAGAAAUUUUCUCACUUGGAGAUGGGUUCAUGAUUUUUUGAUUCAAAACAAAGGAGGAAAUAGAAAUAGCACGCACUGGUGGCCCUUGGUUUGUAAACAAAAAGCGCUUGGUUCUUCAAGAAUGAGACGCCUCAGUCCAACCGUUUAGAAGCAUUCGAUGUACUCUUACAGUUUGGAUUAAAUUGCCAGAUCUUCCUCUUAUGUUCUGGGAGUCGGGGAUUCUAUUUCGUAUGGCAUCAAAUGCAGGAAAGCCUGUCUCUGUGAACAAUCCUACAAAAUUUCGAUCUAAGCCGGAAUCAAUGAUUUGCGUUGCAUUGGAUGAGUAGACCGUGCUUAUCGAAGGUGUGGUUUGAUAUUUUGGGCAAGGAAUAUUGUCAAAAGAUUAUUUACAAGUUUAUACCAACCACUUGUUCGAAAUGUAAUUGAGUUGGCCAUAUGUGGGAUCAUUGUCGUACAUCUCUUGCUGUAAGAGAUACAUCAAAGGUCAAGGGUGUUGAAAUAAAUGUUAAAAAUAAUAGUGGCUUAGCUAUUGUGUUACCCUCGGGGGAGGAGGAAUGGAAAGUCGUCAAGGAUAGAACGCAGAUGAUUUACAAGAAAAUGGAAGUUGUAACUUUUCCCAAUACCUUUUAGGUCUUAGUCGAGGAAAAAGAUGAGGUUGUUAUGGAUGCCCCUAAUCAGGUUGCAAGGGAUCACUCAAGCCUGUUACAAAAUGACAUGGUUCUUAAUGGUGAUGCUUCAGAUAUAUAUGUCAAAGAGUCUCUCACAAAUGUUAAUGAGUUGCUUACAGUUCAAAUAGAGGGAUUAGAAGCUGAUGAUUGUGAUGGUAAUGCCAUUAUAAUUGAUAAUAGUCUGCGAGAGAUUUUAGAAGUCGCUGAAUCAGAUGGUAAUGAUGAAGGUGGGAAGUUUUCUGAGAUGCCAUCUUCUAUUGAUGGUGAGCACAAUUGUAUACAAGAAGGUGAGGAUGCAGGUGAUAUGGUUUCUUUACAGGACAAGUGUUUGCCCCAAAUUCCAUACACGGGAGAUAGCAUGGAUUCAGUUGAUGCAAUAACAAUUGAUAUAGUAAAGAGUCCAAGGUCUCAACAGAAUUAAAGCCUAGUAUGCCUUUGGUUGAUGGAGCUCAUAAGGUGGAAGGUCCUAGCAAAUGGGUUCAAGAUCAUACUACUAGUGAGGGGUUAAAUAAACCUCGAACUUGGUCUCAAGUUAAGUGACCUACAAUAGUUAUUGGUGGCAAGGACAGGCGUUCUCAUAAUUCACAUCACGUCUUAAUAUGCACAUAAGGUAAGGUUUCUCUUACUAAACAAUCAAAAAAGUAAUAUGUUAUUAUGUUUGUU